AUGCCGGCGUGGAAUGCCGACGAUCUAGUGGCCCCCGACUGGCUCAACAAUGGCGAUAAUGCCUGGCAAUUGACAGCUGCGACUCUCGUGGGCUUGCAGUCUGUGCCAGGUCUCAUGAUCAUGUACGCAGGUUUGGUGAAGAAGAAAUGGGCCAUCAACUCUGCUUUUAUGGUCCUAUAUGCCUUCGCGGCGGUCUUGAUCUGCUGGGUGGUGUGGGCUUACAAGGCCGGGUUCGGGAAGAAGAUGCUGCCUUUCGUCGGAGUUCCCGGACCUGCGGUGGAGAUGAACUAUGAGUUGAUCCAAGCCAGCCUACCGGCGGCCGGCUUGACGGCAGCGUACCCCAUGAGUACAAUGGUAUAUUUUCAAUUUGUCUUCGCAGCAAUCACUGUUGUCAUUAUCGCUGGAGCCGGACUGGCAAGGAUGAACUUCCUUGCCUGGAUGGUUUUCGUGCCGUUGUGGGUCACCCUCAGUUACACGGUCGGAGCAUUCAGUAUCUGGGGAGGCGGGUUCCUGUACCAGAUGGGCGUUCUCGACUAUUCCGGUGGCUAUGUCAUCCACGUGUCAUCCGGGACCGCAGGAUUCGUCAUGGCGUAUUGGGUCGGACCACGACAUCCGCGCGAUCGUACCGAGUUCUAUCCCAACAAUGUCCUUCUUGCACUUGCUGGAGUAGGACUUCUUUGGCUAGGUUGGAACGGUUUCAACGGAGGUGAUCCAUAUACAGCCUCACCCGAUGCUGGUGCAGCCGUGCUUAACACCAACGUCUGUACUGCUAUGAGCAUGCUGACAUGGACCGCCCUCGACUUGAUCUUCUUCAAGAAACCAGCUGUGAUCGGAGCCGUUCAGGGCAUAAUCACCGGUCUGGUUGCAAUCACGCCGGCUGCAGGGUUCGUUGCGGGGUGGGGUGCAAUCAUCAUCGGCUUUUGUUCGGGGACCAUACCUUGGAUAAGCAUGAACAUUCUCGGAAAGCAGAGAUGGUUCCUUGAGUUUAGUGACGAUGUAGUCGGAGACUUCCACACACAUCUGGUUGGCGGCGUUGUCGGCGGCUUUCUGACAGGCUUGUUUGCAACAAGUGAAGGGACGGCUGCUUUCGCUUUGAGCCCAAGCGGUGGUGCAAUUGAUGGGAAUGGUCGUCAGGUCUGGCUCCAGAUUGUUGGCUUCCUCUUCGUUAUCGGCUGGAAUAUCUUCUGGACCAGCGCUAUCUGUCUCUUCAUCAAAUAUGUCUUGAGAAUUCCACUUCGAUACAACGAGGAGCAGUUGCUAAUUGGCGAUGGUGAGGUUCAUGGCGAGCUGCCAUACGCCUUCUUCCACGACGGGCGACAUGAUUUCUCUAUGACCUACCGGCAGCCUGCCAAACGCGCUGAUGAGGAACUAGGAGGUGUCCUUGAGGGACAGCAUAUUACAAGGGAUGUUAGCAGCGAAGAGGGACUCGGCGGCGGAAAUGCUGCAACAGCAUCAAAGCCAACGAAACAAGCAUAA